AUGGGGAGGAUGGAGUUUUUGAAAAUGAAGACUGAUGAAGUCAGUGCUAAUUUAAUUGAGUCUGAUGUCAAUGAGCUCAAGGUGGCCGCUAAGAGACUUUUGAAGGAUGCCACUAAGCUUGGUGGCUUGGGGUUUGGUACCUCUUUUCUCAAAUGGGUUGCCUCCUUUGCUGCUAUUUAUCUGCUGAUAUUGGACCGGACAAACUGGAGAUCCAACAUGCUGACUUCACUUUUAGUCCCUUACAUUUUCUUCAGUCUUCCUUCUGUGCUAUUUAACUUCUUCAGAGGGGAAGUUGGAAGGUGGAUUGCUUUUAUUGCUGUGGUCAUCAGGCUUUUCUUCCCACGACAUUUCCCAGAUUGGCUGGAGAUGCCAGGAUCAAUAAUUCUUCUUCUGGUUGUUGCUCCAAACUUUUUUGCACACACAUUGAAGGAGAACUUGGUCGGUGUCGCGGUUUGCCUUAUCAUUGCUUGUUACUUACUGCAAGACCACAUCCGGGCAUCUGGUGGAUUUAGAAAUUCCUUUACACAACCCCAUGGAAUAUCAAACACUGUUGGCAUUAUCCUUCUGAUAGUUUAUCCUGUGUGGGCACUAUUGGUUCACUUCCUCUAG